UUCUAUAGCGAAGAGAGCUAUCUAGAUAAUUAUCUUACUGGUCUUAAAAAUAUAAUUAGGUAUUUAAAGCAUUUCUAUAGCCUAAAUACUAUUAAGGCUAAAUUCUCUAAUAAUCUUACCGAUGCUAAUAUUCUUAAGGAAAAUCUUAUAAUAGUUUAG